UUCUUCUGACUAGUCAGACGCUCAGGUUAAUGGCCGAACAGCUAAGUUCCCACUUUAGGCCGAGUUGAAAACUCAGCUGAUGGCCCCCACCCCAACACACGCACAUACAGUUCGGCUUCAGAAACGGCACCUGACCGCCCUUGGGGAGUGAGAGCUAGAGGGAAACCUACCCAACUGCGGGUUUGUCCUCUGUCACUCUCAACCCCUCCCCCACUUGCCUUCCUCAGCAUCUCAGUCGAGUUUCCACGUUCCCACCAGGCGACCUGGGCUUUGAAAGGGUGAGGAGAAAGGAGAGAGAGCAGGGCCGGGUCAGCUCCCCUCACGAGACAGCAACUUAAAAAAUGGCGCGGUCAACGAGAAACGACUUGGCUAGUGUGAGGAACACCAACAGCAGAACCAUCUCAGAUCUUCGCUAUGGCAAUGUAUGCAGGAAGCUGUUGAAUUAGACCCAUUUCCCAUCGAUGAGAAACCUUGCAAGCAGUGGUAUUUAUGAGCCUCCAUUUCUUAUACUACUGCAGUGAACCAACCUUGGAUGUGAAAAUUGCCUUUUGUCAGGUGUGUGUUCCUUACAGGUAAAACAAGGGGUUUGAUAAACAAGUGGAUGUGUCAUAUAUUGCCAAACAUUACAACAUGAGCAAAAGCAAAGUGGACAACCAGUUCUACAGUGUGGAAGUGGGGGACUCAACCUUCACAGUUCUCAAACGCUACCAGAAUCUAAAGCCCAUUGGCUCUGGGGCUCAGGGAAUAGUUUGUGCUGCCUAUGAUGCUGUCCUUGACAGAAAUGUGGCCAUUAAGAAGCUCAGCAGACCCUUUCAGAACCAAACACAUGCCAAGAGAGCUUACCGGGAACUGGUCCUCAUGAAGUGUGUGAACCAUAAAAACAUUAUUAGUUUAUUAAAUGUCUUCACACCCCAGAAAACGCUGGAGGAGUUCCAAGACGUUUACUUAGUGAUGGAACUGAUGGAUGCCAACUUGUGCCAGGUGAUUCAGAUGGAACUAGACCACGAGCGAAUGUCUUACCUGCUGUACCAAAUGUUGUGUGGCAUUAAGCACCUUCACUCUGCUGGAAUCAUUCACAGGGAUUUAAAGCCAAGUAACAUUGUAGUCAAAUCGGAUUGCACAUUGAAAAUCCUUGACUUUGGCCUGGCCAGGACAGCAGGCACAAGUUUCAUGAUGACUCCAUAUGUGGUGACACGCUAUUACAGAGCCCCUGAAGUCAUCCUGGGAAUGGGCUACAAGGAGAAUGUGGAUAUAUGGUCUGUGGGAUGCAUUAUGGGAGAAAUGGUUCGCCACAAAAUCCUCUUUCCAGGAAGGGACUAUAUUGACCAGUGGAACAAGGUCAUUGAGCAACUAGGAACACCGUGUCCAGAAUUCAUGAAGAAAUUGCAACCCACAGUAAGAAACUAUGUGGAGAAUCGGCCCAAGUACGCAGGACUCACCUUCCCCAAGCUCUUUCCAGAUUCCCUCUUCCCAGCAGAUUCCGAGCACAAUAAACUCAAAGCCAGCCAAGCCAGGGACUUGUUGUCAAAGAUGCUGGUGAUUGACCCAGCAAAACGGAUAUCAGUGGAUGACGCCUUACAGCAUCCCUACAUCAAUGUCUGGUAUGACCCGGCCGAAGUGGAAGCGCCUCCGCCUCAGAUAUACGACAAACAGUUGGAUGAGAGAGAACAUACCAUCGACGAGUGGAAAGAACUUAUCUACAAGGAAGUAAUGAAUUCAGAGGAAAAGACUAAAAAUGGAGUCGUCAAGGGGCAGCCUUCUCCUUCAGGUGCAGCAGUGAACAGCAGUGAGAGUCUCCCUCCAUCCUCAUCUGUCAACGACAUCUCCUCCAUGUCCACGGACCAGACCCUGGCGUCUGACACUGACAGCAGCCUGGAAGCCUCGGCGGGACCCCUGGGUUGUUGCAGGUGACUAGCCGCCUGCCUGCGAAACCCAGCGUUCUUCAGGAGAUGAUGAUGUGAUGGAACACACACACACACACACACACACACACACACAGACAUGUACACACACACACACACCAUCAGAAAACGGCAAGGGAGAGAAUCCAAGCCUAAAAUUCAAACAAAUCUUUCAGCCUGCUUCUCCAGUGUUCUAUACUGCAGCUAAGCUCAAACGUAUCUUUAACUUCUAGUUGCUCUUGCUUUGGUCUUCUUCCAAUGAUGCUUAUCACAGAAGGAAUCAAAACACAAUUAGAGAAGCCUCUUCCAUAAAGUAUAAUUCGAAUGGCUGCAAAACCAGCUACCUGUAACUGCCCUUUCAAAUGGCAUGACACAGUGUGCAGUGGCCCCAUCCAGCAUGUGUGUGUCUCUAUCUUGCAUCUACCUGCUCCUUUCGGCCUAGUCAGAUGGAUGUAGAUACAGAUCCGCAUGUGUCUGUAUUCAUACAGCACUCCUGAAUUAGAGAUGCUACUGUCAGUGUCCUCAGGGCUCCACAAGACAUCAUGCACUGGAGCUCCACAUGGUCCAUUUCAUGUGAUCUAUUACCCUGACAUAAACCCAUGUGUACUAUAUUGCCAGUAUAUAAGCUGUUUAGUUUGUUAAUUGAUUAAGCUGUAAGUCUUAUAAGAAAACAUGUAAAGGGGGAAAAAUCUGGGUGGGGGGAGUGAGUUCUCGGACCCUUGAAGAUGUAGCUUCCAAAUUUGAACUGAUUAAAUGGCACCUGUAUACCAA